AUGAGAAUGGAUCGAGAACAGAACAGAGAUGAAGACGCUAUCCUGGAUCUGGAAUCAGAGCCCGAAAGUUCUUUAGCACCCACUGCAGAUCUGUUUCAAUCACUGGGUUAUUUUGAAUGGAAUCUUCGUGAUCACGGAAAGAAAAAAUUAGUUCCUCCUCCAGAGGUGAUGCGAAAGUUUAGCGAGCAGAGAAAUAAUCCUGUGUUUCUGGAAUGCCGGAUUCCAAAGAUGACAGAGGAUGUGGCCAGGAAUGCACUCCUCAGCUUUGUCAAUUCCAAAUGUUGCUAUGGCAACAGAGCUGCAGGAGAGCUGGUCAUUCAGGAGCUGAAACAGCAAACAUUACACCGGUAUCGACUGGAGACCUUUAAUGAAACGAGAGUAAGCGAAUGGACUUUUGAUCCUUACACUUAUGGUUUGGUAGAUGGGCCACAAAAUGGUGCACCCCCUCAACUAUGGGAUAUUAAAGUUCAAGUUCCAAAAAUGUUUCAAGAAGAUACAAAAAAGUUCCGUGUACCUCACUCUUCUUUAGUCAAGGAAUGCCACAAGUGUCAUGGCCGUGGCCGAUAUAAAUGCAGUGGGUGUCAUGGUGCAGGAAGGAUGAGGUGUGUCACAUGCUGUGGAGCCAAACAUAGAUCAAAAUAUCAGAAACGGUGCCAAAUGUGUUCAGGAACUGGUCGUAAAAGAUGCAGCACUUGUUCUGGAAGAGGCAAUAGAACCUGUAUGACAUGUCAAGGGGAGAAAAAGUUGCUACAUUUCAUUCAACUUACAGUCACUUGGAAGAACAAUGUAUAUGAAUUCAUUUCUGAUGAUCAGUUGAACUUUCCAAAAGAAUUGCUCAGUACAGCCAUAGGAGAUAAUAUAUUUAAAGAAGAAAACACUUUGGUGCAUCCUCUUGUUUCCUUUCCUGCUCCUGAGAUGGCUCUGGCAUCACAAAGAGCUGUCGCAGAGCACAAGGUGGCUUUCACAAGCACAUCUCGCAUUCUGCAGCAGAGACAGACUAUUGAGUUGAUUCCUGUCACAGAAGUUCACUAUCAAUAUGCAGGAAAGAUGUACUUGUAUUAUGUCUACGGAAUGGAGAACAAGGUAUAUGCCCUGGACUAUCCACAGAGGUACUGUUGUGGUUGUACCAUCAUCUGAUGGUGGAACACUUUGCAAGGAAGAGGAUAUCCCCUAAUGCAAAGCAAGCUGUUUUUUUCCCUAACUAAAUUACCUGCAUAGGGAACUGUGAGUAUAAAUGGAUGAACUUCUUAGCACCAGUAAGAGCAACUUGUAACACAGUUGCAGUGUUCAGAGCUAAGUGUCAGAAGACACAAUAAUUAUAACCUCCCAAAUCUUGUUUAUGCUACAGUUUCCACAAUUACUGUAAUUGUACCUCUUUAGAAUUAAGCAUCUAACAUUCCAUGUCUGUAAAGCGGCACCGUAGGAAGAAAACAAGGAAGAGGCAGAAGCAGAAACUAGAGGAUUAUGCCCUUGGAAUAAAAUAUGCCAGUGAAAAAAGAAAGUACAGCAAAACCACUUGAUCUGAAUAGUUUAUGUUGAUUAUUAUUGGAUAUGCAUUUUUUUUAAAAGGACUUGGUCAAGUAAUCAGUCAGCUCUUUGUCAGUGACUUUAUAUUGUAUCAAGAAACAUGUGGCAUAUUGCUGAUGUUCCAUGUUACAAGUUGGACUUCAACGUAUUUUAUGUUCAUAUAUUAUGUUCUUAUAGUAAAUAAAAUGCAUUGCACUGGGAUCAGGAUAUUUUUAUAUGAAGAACACAACUAUAUAUUUUAUUAGCUCUUCUUUUGUUUGAUGAUAUUCCCUUAGAUAAGGGGGUGGUCUAUGAUAUUACACAGGGAUGCUGCAAUUCUGAGACCUUCCUGCUCGCAAUUUGAGGAUGUAUUUACAGAGAUCGGGAAAGCAAGGUGCCAGUGCGAUAGGGUUUCAGAGUGGAUAUGAGAGACCUGAGGGGAGGCAGUUCCAUGGCUGAUAACUGGAAAACCCAUCCUCAAGUGCCAUUCUCUAAAAUUCAACAGUUCCCCCUUGGUAAAUCUAUGACCAGUUGUGGUCCAUUGCUCUGGGAAAUCCAAGUGUGAUCAGCAAAACCAAAUGCUUCUGUGACUCACAUGCAUUGAGGAAUCAUUGCUUUCGAGUGCCACAUAACAGUCCUACAAUACUCCUA